AUGCAUAAAUUCACGCUUAUUUUAUCCUACAUCACUUGUAUUUUGGCCAGGGAGAUCGUCUUCCCUCCUGUGGCGGCUAUCCGAGGUCCAUCCGAUCAAUUGCCCUUGGCAGGACAUGAUCCUGUGGAUAUCUCCACCGGAAGUCAAUUUUCUGGGUUGACUACGUUCGCGCACAUUCCGUAUGUUAAUUGCUUCGUCGAUGAGCAGGCCGAGUCGCAGGCAUAUGAUAUAGCUAUCCUUGGGGCUCCAUUCGACACGUCUGUAACUGGCCGUCCAGGAGCCCGGUACGGACCAGGAGGAAUCCGUCUCGGAUCACGACGUCUAGGGGGUUGGAAUGUCUACACCGGGGAGAAUGUCUUUGCUAGCUGGGCCAAGCUGGUUGAUUGCGGGGAUGUCCCGUUGACUUGGUUGGAUAACACGGUUGCAUUGAAGCAGCUAGAUCUGGCGCAUAAGGUGGUGUCUUCUCGGCCUAUAAAUGCCCCUCUGGGAGGAGUUCCUCGUAUACUCACUCUGGGGGGUGAUCACACCACAACGCUGUCUGCACUGAGAUCGACGUACGAGAAAUGGGGCCCCGUUUCGGUCAUUCAUUUCGAUAGUCAUAUCGACACGUGGGACCCAGAGGUGCUAGGCGGCGGAAUAUCGCAUUAUGCUGGCGUCAACCACGGCACGUUCCUCCAUCUUGCUCAUGAAGAGGGCCUAAUUCAAAAUACUUCCAUCCACGUUGGCAUCCGAGCCCCCGUAUCGCGUCCCAAAGGCGACUAUCGGAACGACAAGCGCUGUGGGUUUGAGAUCAUCACAGCGCGGGACCUCGAUCGCUUUGGAGUCGACGGUAUUGUCAAUCAGAUCAAAUCUCGAGUCGGUUCUAGCAGAGUCUAUAUUUCUAUCGAUAUUGACGUGCUGGAUCCUGCUUAUGCACCUGCAACCGGCACCGCAGAGCCCGGUGGCUUCACAACCCGCGAACUACUGUCAAUCCUCGACGCUCUGCGCGGACUCCCUGUCGUUGGUGCCGACGUUGUCGAGGUUGCGCCCAUUUAUGAUACUGCAGCUGAGACGACGACGUUGGCGGCGGCGGAGGUGGCGCAUUCACUACUUGGAUUGAUGGUUGCUACACCUAUAUGA